AUGCUGCCGCCGACGGCGCCUGCUCUCCCUGACGCCGCAGCCUCUGUGCUGCCGCCCAUGCAGGCCCCUGCUCUCCCGCCAGUGCUCGCCCGCCUCUUGAACGGCGGCACUGCUCCCGGUGUCGCGAUGUCUCCGUUCGCCCCGCUCUCCACUCUAACCGCGGGUGCGAUGUUCUCGGGCCAGAUCGCUCCUGUGCCGGGCUUCGUCUCGCCGCCGAUCGUGUCCACGGUGCCGGCGCCUACGUCGCUAGCUCCUCCGACCACGGUGGUUCCCUCGCUGCCUCCGGCUCCACUGCCUACACCGACCGCGCCUCCUCCGUCGACGGUCGCUGCUGCGGCUCCGCCCGGGUUCUACUUCAACCCUACCCCGGAGCACUUCAACGCCCUGGCGCUUUACCAGGGACUUCUGCAGGCCGGCUCCUCGUCGAUGCCGUCGUCCUCGUUCGAGCCAUCGGCCUCCCAUGGUAGGCUAGUCCCUGAUCCCCAUGGGUAUGGUGGUGCCUAUGGUGGAACGUCCCAUCUAGGGCUUGCCCCGGCUCCAGCUGCUACGCCUGAUGCUGCUCCUCCUGGUCCGCUAUAUGGUGUGGCUCCGCCGCCUGUCGUGCCCUCGCCUGCUGCCUAUGCCAUGGCCGGCGCACCUGCGGGCGGCGUGGCGCCCUUCUACAUCGCCCACCUUAUCCCGGUGAAGCUGUCACCGGAUAACUAA